CUUCAAUUCAUGACUGUACGUUUGGUACUCGGAACCCUUUUUUGCGAUCGCCUUUCUUUAUCGAUAAGCCCCACCAUGUAUCCGUACUUUUGGUCCCUAUGUCCAGAAGGUGGCUUGCGCCAUUUCAUACCUCAAGUUAACACUGGUCACACAUAGAAUACCCAGCUGAUAAUUAUAAUACGAUGGAGGCUCACAAAGUUACAGUACUAUUAUUAGGUGAUGCCAAAGUGGGAAAGACUACCCUCCUGUCGAGGAUCAGCAAGGGUCGACAGCAGCUCUCCGGCAGAGUCCCUAUCACCCUUCUUCGCGACAUAGACCAGCCAUUUAUCUUCGAGAUCCGCUCCAGGAAGGCAGAAUACCGGCUCGAGGUCUAUGACACCUCGAGCCCGGACAACUGGAGGACCCUGCAACCGGAUCUUAUCGUCAUCUGCUAUGACAUAAGUCAACGGCUGAGCCUCCUAAAUCUCCAGAGGACGUGGAUCAAAGAAGUCCGAACGACCUUCUUAAGCGAAUCUGUCGUGCCGAUCCUUGUCCUAGGUCUCAAGAGAGAUUUGAGGUCAGAGGACGAUCCGAACGGGGUCAUAUAUCCACAGGAGGCCCAUCAGGUUGCCCAGGAAAUGAGAGCUGACAAGUACAUGGAAUGCUCUGCCGUGACAGGGGAGCUGCUAAAUAUGGUUUUCGAGGACAUCUGUGUCACGGCCAUGCAGACAACGACCCUAGAAGGCGGCCAGAGCGGUGGCAACUGCUCGUUGAUGUGAGUAAGGGGAAACACCGGGGCUCAAGCGCCAUUUUCGAUGGAUGGCAUAGCACUCUCGUCGGGACCGGCUUCCCCAAUGGGUCCAGGGUCGUCUCGGCCAAGGACCUCGGCGAUGAUGUCGAUAAUUGCCUCCUGCUCAUCCUCUGAAAACCGCUCCGGCAU